AUGAGUGUAUUAAAGUUGCAAUUAGUGUUGAUUUUGAACUUGUGGUUGGUCAGUGGAGAUGUUCAUGAUAAUGAAGUUAGUGAACACUCGUUAGAGUUGACCCAGUCCUUGAACUUAGCGAGACAAGAAUUAAUUCAAGAAACUUGUAGAAGGUUUCCUCCAAGGUAUGGCAUAGAUCAAUUACCGAAGAGCCUAUUGGAACAUAUACUGAUAGACGAGGAACGCAAACUAUUGUACUGCUACGUGCCAAAGGUAGCAUGUACAAAUUGGAAAAGAGUUUUAAUGAUCCUGACUGGUAAAUGGAACGGUACGGAUGUGUUAUCUAUACCAGGUAAUUUGGUCCAUGCCCCUGGAGUGUUCCCAAACCUAAGCUCAGUAAACCGCCGGGAUAGAGAUUAUAUGUUAGAGAAUUAUCACAAGAUGAUUAUAGUAAGAAACCCAUUUGAGAGACUGCUGUCUGCGUAUAGAAAUAAGUUGGAAGGAAAAACACCAAGUGCUAAGUAUUUCCAGAAUCGAGUAGGAAGAAGAAUAAUCAAGGCGUACCGCGAGAAACCGUCAAAUGAAUCUCUUGAGUACGGCCACGACGUUACAUUCAAGGAGUUCGCGCUGUUUCUUACAAACAGAUCUGCGGAGUUGGCUGAUGUGGUGAACAAUGAACACUGGCAGCCUAUCACCAACUUAUGCCACCCAUGUCUUAUCAAGUACACUUUAGUAGGUAAAUACGAGACGCUAUUAGACGAUGCGCUACUAGCAUUGCACACAAUCAACGCAUCUCAAGUUCAGUUUCCCCGUUUGAGCCGCACUUCGGGAACUGCCGAGAAACUUCACAAGUACUACUCUCAACUCGACCUGCCACUCAUCAGGCAACUGUACAAAUUAUACAAGCACGACUAUAGAAUAUUCAAUUAUGAUUUAGACAAUAUUGUUGGAUUUGAUCUUGGUUAG